UCAUCGGACUUACCUCCGGGCAGAGCCGACUUGGAAGGAAGGAACAAAAACCUCCGAGAUGAUGCUGAGGGACCUUGUAGAUCAAUGAAUAAACAGGUGACGGAUGUUCCAGUGGAUUGUUGGGCAAAUUCGAGGCCAACACGACCUCUCAUUUAAGUUAAAGGUGUGACUCCCCAGAAAACCAGCUUUUCCUGUGGGUCUCCUUAUACUACAACUUCUAGCCGUCAUCAUAUAUACAGACUGUUGUCAAAGCCACCUGAUGCACUAGCCUUGCGUCUUGGGAAAGAGGCUACUGAGCAAACCAGACUGUGCUGUCCUCCCGCGGCUGCUGUAGAUGUCAGGAAGGAUGGCUGCCGACACACCCGUGAGGACAGAGCAUGAGGAGCUGCAGAGGAGGGCCAACCAGGUGACAGAUGAGUCCCUGGAGAGUACCCGUCGUAUGAUGCAGCUAGUAGAGGAGAGCAAAGAUUCAGGAAUCCGGGCCCUGGUCAUGCUGGACGAACAAGGAGAGCAACUGGAACGGAUUGAGGAGGGCCUGGACCAGAUCAACUCGGAUAUGAAGGAGGCUGAGAAGAACCUCACAGACCUGGGCCAAUGCUGCGGUCUGUGUUCCUGUGAUAAGCUGAAGGACUUUGAGGAGAGUGGGGCCUAUAAGAAGGUGUGGGGGAACAACCAGGAUGGGGUGGUGUCUGGCCAGCCGUCCUCACGCGUCAUGGAUGAGAGAGAGCAGAUGAUCAUGAGCGGAGGCUACAUAUGCAAGGUGACAAAUGAUGCACGCGAAGAUGAGAUGGAGGAGAAUCUGGGACAUGUAGGCAGCAUCAUAGGCAACCUGAAGAGCAUGGCACUGGACAUGGGCAAUGAGAUCGACACGCAGAAUGUCCAGAUUGACCGCAUUCAGGGCAAGGCCAUUCACAAUGUAUACCGCAUUGAUGCUGCCAAUCAGAAAGCUAACAAUCUAAUGAAAAGAUAAAGAGGAAGAUUGUCCUUCUCUGCUGUGUGAUCUUAUCUACUCCCUGUCUGUCUUUCUGUGCCAAUAUGCAUCCAGUGACCAUCCACCCACAUAGAAAACCUGCCAAAUGAUUGUGUAUGCCGUAUCAUAAAGCCGGAGCAGCAGGGUACACAUCAUUAUUCAUACCUGGCUCUAGAUUUAUCCUAGCCUGUUUUCCAGUCUGUGCCACAUGACGAAGAAGAGUACAAGGAGUGGAAUGCUACCGAGACUUGUACCCAGAUAGCCUGGAGACCACACUGCUGCCAUCUGUUGGCUAGAUUGUUUUCUAAAAACUAGAUGCACAUCCUCUCUGCUCUUUCACCAUCCUCCCUUAUCCUUCCUCCGUCGAUGCAGAAUGGAGCACCAGUGGAAUUGGGUUGCUAUGCCUAUUGUCAACAGGAAGACUAAAGUAAAUAGGAAGGAAUCAAUAUUCUGUGUCUGCUUUGCUUUUAACACUUGAAUGAAGUUUGCCUGUCAAUGAUGACUAUAGUUUUUAAAAGGCACUUUAUAGCUCAGUUUUCAUUUUUAUUUAACUCAACAGUUGCAUGAUGGUCAACACAUUCUCCCAUGUAGGCUGUGUUGAGAUUGUGAACUGGACUUAACAUCUACAUGUGUCUAGCAAUUGAUAUGUUUUAGUUUUGGUUAGACUAUAUUAGCGCUUCAAAAUAGCUGAUGUCGAACUUGGUUUCCAUCACACAAUUUCCUAAUUGUCAUAACAUCAAGUAGACUCACAUCCCCUUCCCCCUAUUACAUUCCUCUGACGUUGUGGUGUUCAACUAUAUAAUUCAUACAAUUUUGUAUACAAGAUAAAUAUGGACUUAUAUUGUAAUUCUGUAUAUAAAAUAUUAAAAUGCAUAAUUAUUUAUGUUAA